AACUUUUCUUCCAUUAACUGCAGGGGAGUAGACUGUAUUUCUCCCAGAGCUUUCCAGCUUGGAACGAAAAGUCCAGAUUCACACGAAACUUUUGAGAGGCAUUAGUUUAUGGGCCAAACAGGACAAAGCAACUAAAGAGCGUCUAAUCAAGAUCUUUUUCUCCCCUCAAGUCUCCCAGUUAUUAUUGCAAUGUGAUUAAAUUAAUUAUCAAGGUUCUAUGAAUGGCAUAGGACUUGCCAUAUAUCUCAAUCAGUUUCUGUGAAACCGUUUGAGAGAGAAGACCAUUGCAGACGCGAACACGUGAACUGCGGAAAACACGAGGGGGACUGCUGUAAGUGAACUGGUACUCGACUGAGCUUCAACAAGACUUGACAAAUGCUGCGACAUCGGGGCAUAGAAAACGGCAUCUUUCUCCUCUUGGUGCAGGUUGUGAGUUGGGGAUCCCAACGUGAGUUGGUUGGCUGUCAGUCCUGUGAGCAGUCAGACACCUUUACCUUCAGUGUGACCCAGGCGGACCUCCACCAGGGUCAGAAUAUACGGAAAGGGUCAAAGGGUGAAAGGUCGUAUCCACGAAUCCUGGUGCAGUAUAACCCCACUGACUCCCACCCUCACAGACGGCAGCCAGGCCCGCAGUCGUCUCCCGCGGUGUUGGAGUUCCCGCGUGCUCUCAGCGGCCUGGGCAGGAGGAAGAGAGAGUGGGUCGUCCCCCCCAUCAGCGUGUCAGAGAACAGCAGGGGCCCGUACCCUUUCAUGCUAGUGCAGAUUCAGUCGAGCCAUGGAAAAAGAGAGAAGAUCCUCUACAGUAUCAGUGGACCUGGAGCAGACCAGCCUCCUGUCGGCAUCUUCACUAUCAGCAGAACCAGCGGCUGGCUGGCUGUCACUCAGAGCCUGGACAGAGAGGAGACCGCCCAGUACAGACUUUUGGCCACAGCAGAGGCAGAGGGAAAUUCUGGACCAGUAGAGCAGCCGAUGGAGUUAAUCAUCAACGUCAUCGACCAGAACGACAACAAACCCGUCUUUACCCAGGGGCACUACCAGGGCAGCGUGCUGGAGGGCUCGGCCAAAGGUUUGGAGUUCAUGAAGGUGACAGCCACGGAUGCAGAUGAGCCUGGUAAUGCAAAUGCUGAUGUCAGAUACCGCGUGCUGAGUCAGCGUCCCGCAGAGCCCCGUAACGCCUUCUUCAUCAACCCCGUCACCGGAGGUCUUCAGGUCAACUCUACACAGCUGGACAGAGAGAAACAAGCUCAGUAUGACUUGGUGAUCCAGGCAGCAGAUCUUGAAGGAGAAGGAAUGCAGUCAUCCUGCAGCGUAACGGUUAAAAUUCUGGAUCGUAAUGACCACGCACCAAAGUUCCUCAACACAUCUUACACCGGCUCUGUCCCAGAGAACACAGUGGGCGCGGAGAUACUGAGGAUGACCGUGAGUGAUGAAGAUGAAGUUCAUUCUCCAAACUGGGCCAGCAGAUACACCAUCAUCAGCGGGAAUGAGGGAGGGGUCUUCAACGUCAGCACUGGCUCUGACGGACUGCAGGGCAUCCUCACCACAGCCAAGGGUCUGGACUUUGAACAAUCAAGGCAAUGGUCUCUGCUGGUUGUCGUGGAGAAUGAAGUUCCAUUUGCUGUUCCCUUACUGACCUCCACAGCUACAGUCACAGUGAUAGUGAAGGACCUCAAUGAGCCGCCCGUAUUCCUGCCUGAAGAGAAAGUGAUAUCUAAGAGUGAAGAUCUGCCUGUAGACAGUGUGUUAACACACUACACGGCCACAGACCCGGACACAGCCAUGAACCAGACCAUCUCGUAUAAGGUUUUGAGUGACCUUGGGGGUUGGCUCACCAUCGAUGAGGUCGAAGGUCGAGUCAGUCUUAGGAGCCCGAUGGACAGAGAAUCUCCAUUCAUUACAGAGGGCAAAUACAAAGCAGUUAUCCAGGCCAUAGACCACGAUGCUUCUCCUGACAGCCGCCAGCCUCCAGCCACGGGAACGGGCACACUGAUCAUAGAGGUGGAGGAUGUGAAUGAUAACGGCCCUUCUGUCCAACAGACACACGUCACACUGUGUAACCACAACCCCCCGCCUGUCCUCCUGUCUGUCAGUGACCCCGACGGACCAGGGUUCUCCUCGCCGUUCCGGGUCGAGCUGCCGCAGCCUCUACGGAACCACUGGACCGUCCGCAUGAAUGAAACCAAGACAGGAAUCAUUCUGAGUAUGAAGACUGCACUGAGACAGGGCGACUAUGAGCUCGUCCUCCGUGUGUCCGACAGCGGGGGCUUUAGUCAGGACAACACGCUGAGGGCCGAGGUGUGUGACUGCACAGGAAGUGACAUCAGCUGCAGCGACGUAAGAGUGGCUGGUUUUGCUCUGCCAGCAAUCCUGGGAAUUGUAGGAGCCAUUUUGUUUCUGAUCCUACUUCUGCUGUUGGUCCUCCUCACCAGGAGGAGGAGCAGUGUGACAAAAGAAGCGCUGUUGCAGGAAGAGGAAGUCAGAGAUGAUAUUUAUUGUUAUAAUGAAGAAGGAGGAGGGGAAGAGGACCAGGACUUUGAUAUCAGCCAACUUCACCGUGUCCUGGACAAACGGGCAUGUGUUUACCGUGACGAUGUGAUCCCAACCUUCCCAGUGACCCCGGCUUAUCGCCCGCUGCCCGCCAACCCUGAGGAUAUUGGGAAUUUCAUUGAGGAGAACCUGAAUGCUGCAGACAGAGAUCCCUCUGCUCCUCCGUACGACUCUCUGCUGGUGUUUGAUUAUGAGGGAGCAGGGUCGGAGGUCGGCUCUCUCAGCUCUCUGCAGUCCGGCAGCAGUGAUGGGAACCAGGACUACCAUUACCUUAACCAGUGGGGGGCGCCGUUCCGCAAACUCGCCGAUAUGUAUGGAGGAGGAGAGGAGGACUAAAUUUAAGAUCAGACCUCUCUAUUAGUGAGGAGCAGACAGUCUGUCUGUCAUUACGCCCUUUGUUAGGCCUAUAUGGAGAGCAGAAAGGACUUUACAGUGCUCAGUAGUGUUCUAUACUGUGUGAAGAGUGCAUGUGAAAUUUGUAAGUCAAACUUUGCCCCGUUGCAGGCUGAUAAGAGGCCCACAGGUGCCUGGUACAGCGUUAGCUUUUAAACAAGGAAGAGUGGAACAAGAGAGUUCACUGGGCAGCACUUAGAGGUUAACUGCCCUUGUACUGCAGAACGAUGAUGAAGAUGAUGAUGAUGAUGACUAUAAAUCCAUAUAUCUAUGAUCCUGUACACACUGUGUCAGAUAUAACUUUGAUAGAGUACCUGCAGUAAUGUACCAUGAGUGACCAAUCAGCACAGAUAAUAAGAUUAAAACGGUUAAAACCAUUUUAGUGUUAUCUUACUGUAGCCUGGCCUCUCACACUGCAGCAGCUCAUUUUGACUGGAAGAUUUGACUCCCAGUAAAGGUGUGAGACUGGGUUUUGACUGUUCUCCUGAAACAGGUGUUGAAUAUUGACACAUAGACAAGUGUUGGUAAUCAAAGCAUUUCUUUGUCUAUCUGCUUCACCACGUUGUGUAUGAUACCAGUUUAUCUGCUUCUCCUCGUCAUGUUCAGAACCAGUUUAUCUGCUUCACCACAUCAUAUUCAGUACCAGUUUACAUUAAGACUGAUGACAUAUUAAAGACAUAAUAGUUCUGUUCUAGUGCUGAAUCCCAGUCUCAGCUUUUGCGUGAAGUAAAUGAGAUAUUUUAGUAUUAAACUGUUUUAGUAUUAAACUGUUUUAGUAUUAAAAGUUACUCUGUGGCUGACUGACUGUGAAUGUAAACAUUUAUAAUCAGGCUCCUUAUAGUGAAAUAAACCUGAAUUUGACUUUCU